GUGCAGUUGUUUCAACUGGAAACUAACCUACGAACAAACAAAGCGAUAAUGUUCGCUAUAAUGUUUGUUUUUCUACAAAAACAACAAACUUUAACUAAAUAACCUCCAUUUUAUAAUUUUUGGAGUACUGAGAAAAUGAAAAAAAACUUGAUCAGGGUUGUUAUGCAAGAAACUAAAAUUGAAACAGAAUCACUAUGGGAGACUCACACGAGGGUAAAGCCAUGCAUCCAUUAUUAGAUAAAAUAUACGGAAAAGUGUUUCCACGUGCGGAAAAGUCAAUACGAAUCGUCGUUCUUGGUUCACCAGGAGUGGGGAAAACGGCGCUGAUCAUAAGAUGUUUGACAAACCAAUUCUUCAACAAUUACGUACCAGGAAAGGAAACUGCUUACAGAUACACUACGUCGAUAGGACCAAAGAAGAUUAAUUUUGAAAUAAUGGACUCCAAUGGAAAGAAUAACGCACUAAUCAGUUAUGCGGACGCAGUUGUACUCGUAUAUUCCACCACUGACAGAAAAAGUUAUGAACAUGUGAAAAACCUAAUCGAGAGCGUACGAAAGUUAAACUUAAACUCAAUACCUAUCGCAGUAAUUGCAAACAAAAUCGAUCAAAGUAAAAAACGUGUUGUCACAAAACAAGAUGGCGAAUCUCUGUCUACUAUCCACAAGGUUAAAGUUUUUGAACGUUCAGCGGCAAUCCCUACAGAAGACAUGAAUAGCGUGUUUACAGAGAUGUAUAAACUUGUGCAACUUACUAAAAAGACACGUCGGGACAGUGACCCAGCGUUAUUUGACCCUGCUUCAAAAAUGGCGCUAAAAUCGAUACGCAGGCGAUCUUCAUCACUAGACUCCAAUGAAUUUAUAAAACUUGUGUUGUGAAUAUUUUUUGUAUAUGACAUGUAUAUUUUACUAACUUUAUAACAAUAAUUAUUAUUUGCUUUUAUAAAGAGAAUCUCAAAGAUCAUCA